AUGGGACAUGGGGAGGUUGUGAAGGGGAGUAGAGGAGGAUGUGAUGUCUCUAUUAUUAAAGCUAAAGCUCUAUAUGAGCAAGAAUCUAAAUAUAAGAAAGAGUUUCGAUAUGAACACAUUUGGCAUAUUCUAAAGGGUGCUGAGAAGUGGGCUGACCCUACACCUUCAAAGAUGGCGGUGUCUGGAACCAUCUCAAAUGCCGAAGGAUCAGAGUCGAACUCAAUGGACCGAGUUAAUCUAAUGGGUGAUGAGCAAUCUCCUACCAACGCCUCAUCAAGUCGACCCGUUGGAAGAAAGGCGGAAAAGGCGAAGGGAAAGAUCAUCUCCCUAUCUGAGUGUGAUGUUGAUAUUCUUAAGAAUAUAAAAAAAAAUGCAGGAAAAACGUGA